UUCCAGAGUCCAAAAUCUACUUGGAGUUGGAUGUCAUAUGUGUGUGGGCAAUAAACCAAUCAGUUAAUAGAUCGAUCGAUGCCCGAUAGCAAUUACAGGCCGAUGCCAUGUGUGGGGAAGAAAAUUAAAAUUUAAAAUAAAAAAGAAAAAGAAAUAGAGAAAUUUGUUUGGAAAAUGGGGAAAAAAAAAUAAAUAAAAAUGCUUGGCGUUCUGAUUCGGCACUGCUGCAGCCUCUUGCCUGUAAAGCAGCAAACAAAGAGCAUCUUCGACUUCAAGAGCUCGCCUUUCGAUCUCUCCCAAUUCCCCAUUCGCCCAAAUCUACGCAGAGCCCGCUUCGAGUUCGGGAUGGCCCCCAAAGGAUCCAUCACUCAUGUCAUCUUCGACAUGGACGGUCUCUUGCUCGAUACCGAGAAGUUCUAUACAGAAGUUCAGGAAAUUAUACUUGCGAGAUACAACAAAACAUUUGAUUGGUCUCUCAAGGCAAAGAUGAUGGGGAAGAAAGCGAUAGAAGCCGCCCGGGUGUUUGUUGAAGAGACUGGAAUCAGCGACUCUCUGUCAGCUGAGGAUUUUCUCGUAGAAAGAGAGGAGAUGUUGCGGACCAUGUUCCCCACAAGCGAGCUAAUGCCAGGGGCAAGUCGUUUGAUCAGACAUCUUCAUGCAAAAGGAGUACCAAUCUGCUUGGCUACCGGUUCCCACAGGAGGCAUUUCGAGCUGAAAACGCAGAGGCAUGGGGAACUUUUUUCGUUGAUGCAUCAUGUUGUGCUUGGUGAUGAUCCCGAAGUCAAACAGGGCAAGCCUUCACCUGAUAUUUUUCUUGCUGCAGCAAAAAGAUUUGAGGGUAGCCCAAUUGACCCACGCAAUAUUCUUGUAUUUGAAGACGCACCUUCUGGAGUUAAUGCCGCUAAAAAUGCCGGAAUGUAUGUCGUUAUGGUUCCAGAUCCAAGGCUCGAUAGCUCCUUCCAUGAAACUGCAGAUCAAAUUCUAGGUUCUCUAUUGGAUUUCAACCCAACUGACUGGGGUCUUCCUCCAUUUGAAGAUAAGCAAAGCUGAUCCCCGGUUUGAUGAGUUUGGAUAUUCAAAUGUUCUCUUCCUUCAGCAAGUGCCGUUACUACGACUGAUACUGACUAAGACACAACUUCAUUGGGAUUUAACGCAAGUGUCAUUCUUGCGAAUUUGUCGCUAUUGCCGAUAUCUUGAGGCAACAAAGAUAGUGGAUAUAUCAAUUAUGAGGAGAGCACAUUAUUCACUCUUA